AAGCAAAGAAUCAACAAGCAUGCGAAACUGUCAGUACCAAUGGCAACAAAAUCAGAACCAUAUCAUCCCUGAUGAUAUCAUAACUCGCAGUAUUACAAGUGCCAGGUGAUGCAUUUGAGGCAGAAUCUCGACCAUAUGAGUACCCAAGUUGCACUCUAAUGCCUUUCUACAGAGGACGUAGAAGUGAAACGGCAACUCGGGGAAAAGGAGUUGGACUCACGUUGUCACCAGACCGACAGGAUAAAACGCAAUAAUGAAAUAGAAGUGCUCAUCGCUUGCUAAAUCUGGGAAUACGAGAAUGAAAAAAACAGUUGCACGGAAAGAUAAACCAAAGGACUUCGUCCGCACUGGCCUCUGAAUGAACUAUUGUAAGUAGCGGGAUAUAAUACGUGUAGAGAAAGCGCAUGAUCUUCGAGGCUCAGAUUCAAGUGUUACAGAAAUAUUAACGUGCUUCUCCGAAGAAAGUUUAAGAGUGAAUCAUGGCGUCGGACGGAUCCUCCGGACUGGCUAAAUCUGCCGCUGACAAAUUGUCAGAGAUGGGUGAAAGAACUAAACAGCUAGGUACAGCUAUGCAAGACCCCCAUCGACAAAGACGGCUUAUUUUAGUGAUUGUCUGUGUGGCGCUGCUGUUGGAUAAUAUGCUUUAUAUGGUAAUCGUGCCGAUUAUACCAGAUUACCUUGCAGAUCUACAAACUCAAGCAGAACACGCGUACAAAUUGAAAGAGUCAAAUUCUUCAGUCAACAACACAACUUCAGGUAAACGUUCUUGGGACAAUCUAGACUUACAAAUAGGAGUUCUCUUUGCGUCAAAAGCUAUUAUACAGCUCUUAGUUAACCCGUUCACAGGAACUUUCAUUGACCGGGUUGGAUACGACAUUCCACUAAUAAUCGGGCUCUUCAUAAUGUUCCUCUCCACCAGUAUAUUCGCCUUUGCUGAUAACUACGCUACUCUAUUUGUGGCACGUAGUAUGCAGGGUUUGGGCUCCGCGUUUGCGGAUACCUCUGGACUUGCUAUGAUUGCUGAUAAGUACACAGAGGAGGCGGAGAGGACCAAAGCACUCGGUAUUGCGCUGGCGUUCAUCUCUUUCGGGAGCUUGGUGGCGCCCCCCUUCGGCGGCAUCCUUUACGACUUUGUUGGAAAGAAGGUUCCGUUCAUUGUGCUUGCCUGUAUUUGCUUUGCCGACGGCAUGCUAUGCUUCACUGUACUUAAGCCUUUCUCGAAUAGGACUAGAGAGAAUGCACCAGUCGGCACACCUAUAUACAGACUCAUGAUUGACCCCUACAUAGUGGUUGUGGCAGGGGCCCUGACCACGUGUAACAUCCCCCUAGCCUUUUUGGAACCGACUAUAGCCAACUGGAUGCAAGCCACAAUGAAUGCAACGGAUUGGGAAGUUGGGCUCACCUGGUUACCAUCUUUCUUUCCGCACGUCCUCGGUGUUUACAUAACUGUGAAAUUAGCGGCGCAGUAUCCGCAUCUGCAGUGGUUUUAUGGAGCACUGGGUAUGGUUAUCAUUGGCGCGAGCUCAUGCACUGUGCCAGCCUGUAAAAACUUUGAGCAGCUAAUUGCCCCGCUGUGCGGAAUUUGCUUUGGCAUUGCCCUGGUAGACACCGCGCUUUUGCCAACACUUGCGUUUCUCGUAGACGUACGCCACGUUUCUGUGUAUGGCAGCGUCUACGCGAUUGCGGAUAUAUCCUACUGUGUUGCCUAUGCGUUGGGACCUAUUGUGGCUGGUCAGAUUGUCCAUAAUUUCGGCUUCGUACAGCUCAACUUGGCCAUGGGCCUCGCUAACAUGCUCUACGCGCCUGCGCUCUUGCUGCUCAGAAACGUGUGCCAAAUGAAACCCUCUUUUUCGGAGAGAAACAUACUGCUAGAGGAAGGACCUAAGGGACUCUACGACACGAUUACAAUGGAAGAACGCAAAGGCCGGAGUCAGGGGUAUAGUUCGGCGGGAAAUGGCAUGCCUGGCGAUGCGAGCGGAACGGACGCUUUUGGAGAAGUGCGCCCAUAUUCAGAAGAAUAUGAGCCCGAGUAUGAUUAAAUUGAGUACACAUUGUCACUUUCGGAAAUGUUAAUUCGUGUGUUUGUUCCAUCAUGUAAUCUUCUAAUGUGCAAUAUAUUUACACAAUUAAAUAACGACUGUUUUAACCCCCCAAACCAACAAUUUUAAACGAUUGUUCAUAUAGCCAUAUGCAUUGGAGUGCACUGAGAGGAGAUACAGUCGAACGAAAUAAUGUACAUAACUAUUGUGUGAUCAAUGUAUCAGCUAUGUAUUCAAAAUUAUGUAUUUGCACAUUCAGGGAAAAACAAAAGGCGUAGCCCAAUUCGUUUCAGAUCGCAUUUGGUUUCUCAAAACAAAAUAAAACAGUUUAAAUUCAACACUGUAUGCCCUGUAAACAUAUUGCCUGCUUUGUGCUGCUAUGACUAAUAUGCAACAUGCCACGGAACGCUGGAAAACACUGUAUGGGAAUAAAGUCUGAAUAUGA